CUGGAGCGUGGGAAACUUUCAAGUAAACAUUCAGACGAGAAAGAAAAGCAAACUGCAUUUCAUGCAGUCUAAUGUAGAGAUGACUCCCAGGAUCCUGUCGGCAGUGAGCAUCCUCACCAAACCUCUAGAGGUGUCUGCUCACUCCUCGGAGCAGGAGGCCUUCCUGGCGGCUCUGGAAUCCAACAGGACCGUUCUCCUGGAGCAGCUGCAGAGUGACAGCAGCUUCACGGACCUGCGGAGGCUCAGAGAGACGGUGAAGGCCACGGCAGACUGGUUCUGCUGCGACACGGAGGACGCUACGUGGAGCUUUGUCCAGGAGUUACUCCUGCUGCUGCUCACCCUGACACAGCACCUGCAGGAUGAACUGCAGCGCUUCAAGCAGGCCCCGCCCCCCGCCGUCAGGACACACCGGACCCCCGAGAUGGCACCGCCGUUGCCCCCCGACGUCUUCAGCGUCUCUCAGCAGAAAACUCUGGGAGCUGCUCUGCAGUUUGUGGUUUCCUUGGGGCUCUGCCCGUACCUGGCCCCGGGGGUGGGCGUGCCGCUGGCCCGCAGGUCGGCGUUUGGAGCCACGGUGGAGAAAGCAGUCCGGCGGGAGGUGCCGCCCGCGGCGGAGCGACGUCUUCUGACCACCACUAAAGUGCUGCUGCAGGUGGCAGAGCUGUCGUCUCUGGCCACCCUGCUGUUCACACGACACCUGGGGGACGUGAUGGCGGCGUUGAGCCAGCUGGGCUACCAGCCACACCGGGAUGAGAGGCCACUCAGUUCUGACGAAUGCCGACUAUGUAAAGACGCCCUGGGGAAUCUCCUCGGAAAAGUUUACCAGCCGAUCGUCAUCAAGGAGCUGCUGAUACUGCAAGGUGGAGCCAAACAGGGUGGGCCGGCGGGGAGCUCUGGGAGCUCCAGCGGCUCCAGCAGCAGAGCAGCUCCGGGCUCAGCUCCGGCCUGGCUCCGGCGUCUGUGCGGUCAGCUGCUGUCCAGCCGUCUCAUGCAGCCCAACGGUGUGCAGGCCGUCGUCAGAGCCAUCCUGGAGGGAGGAGCAGGCAGCGAGUGUGACUGGAGGAAAUGUGACGCCGUGGCCCGGAUCCUCGUCGCCUGCCCCAAGCAGUCAGUGUCAGCAGACGACUACUUCAAACUCGUCUGUCCACAGAUCGUUGACCUGUUGCACUUCAAAGACAAGUUGACAGCCCUGCAGUUCCAGCGUGUGGCCACCAGGGCGGUGCUCUUCCUGGUGCAGGAGAGGCCUGCCUUCGCCCAGCAGUACCUGCUCCGCCCACUGGGGGCUCCGCUGCAGCGCUGCAUCUCCGCUGCCAGCAGUGGAGAUUCCUGUGUUGCUGUAGAGGAGUCAGAGGUGACGUGUUGUGUGGAGGACGUGUACAAGAUAUGGGUGCUUGGAAACAGUUCCUCAGUGACGUUGCUCACAGAGCUGCAGGAACUUCUUCCCGUCAUCUUCACACUCUUUUGUUUCACCAAACAGAACGUCUCCCACCUGCGCGGCCCCUGCCAGGAGGUUUUACUGUGGUACCUGGGCCAGACGGAGCCGUCUUCAGCGCUGCUGGUGCUGAGGAAGCUCUCAGGGCUGAGCCCACGCACCAACGACGUGGCAGCAGGAUUCCACUUCACCGCCGGCAGCGCCGGAGGAGCCAGACUCAGCUCCAGAGACGCCUGCAGUAACGAGGAGGACGAGCUGUAUGAGCAGCUGUCGGGGGAGCAGUGGAGGCUGGAGUGUCUGGUGCAGCUGCUGGCCGAACUCAAGGACUCAGACCUGCCGGGGGAUUUCUUCCUGGACCUGCUCCAGGAGCUGACCAGCUGGACGGCUGCAGCCGAGGAAGAGGAACCUGAUGAAGAGGAGCUGGAGCGGCACCUGUCGGCCGGAGCUGAGAGACGAGGCCAGCGACUGGCGCUGCUGCAGGUGCUGGCCGUCAUGGCCGAGUGUCUGCAGCACACCCAGCUCCUCAGGAAGAUCACACAGGUGGUGGACUUCAUGGUGUCUCUGCUCCAGAGGGCGUGUGUGGGGCUGGAGCAGGACCGUGGGUCGAGAGCUGGGAACCCCGUAGAGAGUCAGACGCUGAGCCUGGGGAUCAGCCUGGUGGCCACGCUGCUGUCAGGUCCUCAGCUCAAUCCUGAGGAUUAUUCGUCUCUGCGGAGACUGCUUCCCCCUCUGGAGCUGCUGUCCCGGCUGCACCCGGAGCAGCUCAUCCAGGAGCUGGCGUCCAGUCUCAGGGCAGUUAUCGCCACACACGGGGCCUACCGGGGGGAAAAUCUUCCUGCUGCUGCUGCUGCUCAGGGCUCCAGACACCCGGAAACACCCAAGAGCAACCCCCAGACGCCCGUCACCCCCCACAGCAGACUCCCAGCACCCCCAGGGGCGUCUCUGAGCGGAGACCGGCAGAGCUCCGGCACUGACCCCGGCACCCCAGCGCCUUUUUCAGAUUGGCUCCUGGAGGCCUGUGAUCCCAACGUCCCAACGAGAGCGUACGCCCUCAGAAUGCUGACCCGAAUGGUCCAGGAGAAGGAACCGGAGGCCGUCCAGGCCCAGGAGAAAGUCCUGACGCUCUUCUUGGAAAACCUGGAGCAUGAAGACUCAUUUGUCUACUUGUCAGCCAUUCAAGGCCUGGCUGCACUAGCCGACUCCUACCCAGACCGGAUCCUGGACCGGCUCCUGACCGACUUCCAGCCAGGACCUUCUCUCUCUCCGUCCAGCCGGGAGCGCUCGCUGGAGACCCGGCUGAAGGUCGGGGAGGUGCUGAUGCGGGCCAGCAGGGCCAUGGGAGAACUGGCCCCCCACCUGGGCCGUCCUCUGCUGGGAGCUUUCCUGCAGGGGACCCGGGACCCGGACCAGAGCGUCCGAGCCAGCAGUCUGUCCAACCUGGGAGAGCUCUGUCAGAGACUGGACUACUCUCUGGGGCCGCUGGCUCAGGAGGUCAGCUCGUGUCUGACGGCUCUGAUAAAGACGGAGAAGGAAGCGGAGGUGAGGAGAGCUGCCGUCCACGUGAUUGCUCUGCUGCUCAGAGGCCUCAGCGACAAAACCACCCAGGUUCUGUCGUCGGUUCUGCUGGACCUGUACCGAGCCCUGAAGUGGGUGCUGCGCUCCGACCCGGACCAGGUGGCCGUGCUCCACGCUCAGCUGGCUCUGGAGGAGCUGGACGCUGUGAUGAGGAGGUUCAUCUUCCCGGAGCAGAAGCUGGAGAAGAAGAUCGUCGUCCUGCCGUAGACUCCUCGUUGAUUUCCACGUUAUUAACAGAACUGAACUGAAGAAACUUAAUGUGUCAGAGCUUCAGAAAACAGACGUCAGCAGCUAAACCUUUCAAAAUAAAAGCUGUAACACCUACCCUUCUGGAUUCUUCCUGAUGGAUCUUUAACUUAGAUCAGUGUGAAAGAAGAGAAUCAUCAACACUGAUAAUUGGCACCAAAGAAACUCUGGGAUUGCUGUUAAGGAGAUCCCCGACUAUUUGGGAUAUGAAAUAAAAUAACAUAAAAGUGCAGUUUGUCUUCCUUCUAUUGUGACAGUUGUUCCUAGUCAGUAAAAGUCUUGCCACGUAGAUAUCUUUGUAUACUUGUAGUGGAGUCACAAACAGCCCUGUAAAACCCUCCUGUAGUAACACGUUGAAGACGACACCUGAGUAACUGCUUUUCUCUACUUCAGAGCUAAUAUGUGGCUAUUUGAGGUGACUACCAAAUCACUAAUAAUGUCACAGCACUAUUGUCUACCGAGCAGUAGCUACUGUACGUCCAAACGAGUGGGAAAACGGCGCCAGACUGGAAAAACGUUUUUCCGGUCGCCUAGCAACUUGCAACAAAUAAUGUACGCGAUGGGCGCAUGCGCGCCCUGCUCUGCACCCAAUCUGAACCCACCCUGGGGGUGUGCGGCGCAAACCACGUUCUAUGUGAAAGGAGCUUUAAGCUGAUUUUUCAGCAGUCUGUUAAACGAUAACUCCAAUUUCUUGCUAAAUCUAUGAGUUCAGUCGAUCACACAACAGCUCUUUCCCAUUUUAGAUGUUUUCCAGUUGCUCAAACUGAAAGUUUACGCUGACACUCAGUCUUUCUGCCACUCAGUCUUUCUGACACUCAGUCUUUCUGCCACUCAGUCAGCGCCAGAGAUCUCUGGGGGGGCGAAACUUUGUCUGCUUUGAAAUUAUGCAGUUGUAAAAAUUAUAUUUGCGAAUGAGUCAUUCAUAAGACAUUGUUAGGAAUAAUUUAUGAAUGUCUUGAAUAUCUUUUGUGUUUCCUAUACACUGGUGACAAACACAGGAAAUGAUUUAAUUCCUUAUUAUUAUAUAAUUACUCAACAUUUAAUCUACUCCGACAGGUUGUUAAAGGAAACAUGUUAAAAAAUGUUGGUCUCAUAUUAAAAGACAUUUUUCAGAAAUAUUUUUAUGUCCUUUUGUGCGUAUUUAAUACAUUGGUGACAUUGGAGAAAAACAAAGUCAUAUGUAUACAGAGUAAACCAAAGAGAAAUGUAUCAAAAAAACAUAAUUAAUGUUCAUUUUUUCAAUUAAAGACUAUUUUGGUGCUAGUACGUACGGGUCGGGGGGCCGGCUGGUCUUAGACACAAGU